GAUACUUGACCAAUCGGGAAGGCCCUUCCAGUUGUCCUUUCGGUUUUGCCUAUGAAGGGUCCCCUUGCGUGUGAAAGCAUGUCCGCCAUCUUGAACUUUCUGACACGACAUUCUUGUGGCCGUAUUAUCUAAGGCCUGGAAUGCUCUGAAAAGAAUCCGUCUUCCUAUAUUGUUCUGUUUUAAUCUUCAGAAACGAUUUUUAUUUCUGAAAUUAGGCAGUGGGUGCUUAAAUCAUUGUUCAAAAUAGCUUUUACGCUCUGGUCGAUUGUCCGAUCAUUUAACAGCAACAUGCCUAGUAUUCCUUCUGCUAAAAACGCGAACAAAGAAGGCAUGGCAAAAACUACUUCAGAAGACAGCGACACGGAUGAAAGCUACGACAGUUUACCUGAAUUGGUGGCUUGCUCGGACGACGAGGACUCCGAGGAAGAAGGAUACCGCAAGAAGUCUGCGUCCAAGAUCAAAACCAGAGGAAAUGACAAAUCAACAGCGAAGGCAAAAAACAACGCUGAGUGUGCAGAUAUGUGGUGUAAACUAAGCAAAGAUGAAAAGGAAAGUCACAUCCGUGUUAUGAGGAUUUACCUCCUGUCACCUUUCCUGUUCGGUCAAGUUUAUCAAGACGACAAAUGGAUCAACUGGGCAUAUGAUUGCAAGUUGUUACCCUCCAAAAGUGACUUUGAGAUAAAAGAAUUGAAUGAGGAGCGUUUUGAUAUAGUGGAUUUAGUUGAAACAGCAUUCAACAAGCUGGCUGAAAACGUGCUUCUUAAAAAUAAAGAUGGCCUAGUUAAGACACUGGACAUUAUGGGAAAUCCAAGAAUGACAACGUCCCAACACAUUGACAAGGCAAUAACCUGUGCAGAGAGUUUCCUUACCUUCACCAACACAAGGGAUAGAAUUAAGCUGAAGCCAGGACUAAAUAAGAAACAAGCAGAUGUUGCCCUCCUUUUAGCACAUAAUCAAGUUGCUGAUCAUAUCAAACAGUUAGCAGCUGGUGUGGACCUUGCUGAACAAUUCAACAAGAGGUGCAAAGAAGAAGAAGAAAAAACUGUUGACAAAAAAAAAGAGGGAAAUGAUGCAUUUACCAGUAGAAAAUAUGCACGUGCAAUUUCAGUGUAUUCCAUGGCUCUACAUAUGAGCCCAUAUAAUCACGUUCUCUAUUGUAACCGAUCUCAGAGCUUCCUUAAAACUAAAGACUUAGGGAGUGCCCUUGCUGAUGGCAGGAGAGCAGUAGUACUGAAGGCAGACUGGCAUAAGGCUCAGUACAGAUAUGCUCAGGCAUUUUUUGAAACUGGAAAUAUUACCAGAGCAAAGGAGGCAAACAGAGCUGCAUGCAAAAUUUGCUCUGACAAAAAAGAUCUGGAGGCCCAGUACAGAAUGUUUGAAAGAGUUGCUAAAGAUGGUAAAGGAAAAACAACAGAAAGUAAGAAGCCAUCAAAAACUGCUGUAGCUAAACAGAAGGAUUCUAGGGAUAGUGAACCAGAGGACCUUCCAGCUUUGGUAGAUCCAGAGUCCAGUGACACAAGCAGAGAUAACUCUGAUGACGAGGGUGUGCCUGACUUGGUGGACCUGGAGAGUUCAGAAGACAGUGAUGACUCUGAUGACAAUGAUAAAACAGAGGAUACUCACUCAGAAGCCUCUGAUGGAUAUGAAUCAAAUGAAUCUGCAACCAAGAAGAAAAGUGCUGUGUCAACAACGCCCAAGAAACGUGACCCAAGUAAGAAGGUCAAACAACUUAUUAGAGAAGCACUUCAAGGUCAAGCUAAAACAGAGGAAAAAUUUAGGAAGGGAGAAAAACACAAGAAGCCUGUGGAGCCUACAGUCAAGAAAGAAGCUACAGAGCCAGUUAAACAGAAUAAAAAGGCUUCACAGGUAGACCAGAGUGGAAAUCAUCCAAAGUUAAGAGAAUUCACCUCCUAUCUCAAACAAGGAAGUAAAGCUAUGGUGGAAAAGAAAAAUGAGAUUGCUGCUUUUAAAUAUGGAGAGGCUAUUGCACUUUUAAAAGAGCAUUUUAAUCGAUACUGGGUCUUUGAAAUGAAGGAGAUUGAUUUUGUUAUAUUACUGUACAGUUUUGGAGCAGCUCUAUUGGAGGUUGGUGGCCAGGAGGAACUACUGGCUGCCAAGAAACAUUUUGACAUUAUUGUAGUAGAACAUAAAAAUGUAGUUUUCCCUUUAGCAUAUUUAGGAACAGGAAGGGUGUUUUAUAAACAGAACAGUUUCUCAAAAGCGCUAGAACCUUUAGAAAAGGGCCUUGAUUUAGUCAACAAAUUGGGUGAUGAGAAAUUAGCUUCGUAUAGAUGGCCUGGUUCUCAAGUCAUUAUUGACGACACUAAACCUGGAAAGUUAUUGAUUGCAAUUCAGACGUUAAUUAGAAUUUGUCGUCAUCCACCACGACCUGAUGCUAUGUGCAGAUAUGCUGAUUGUCCUAAUAAAAGAGAGAUUUAUCUUACAGAUCCUGACUACAAAGGAUACAUACGACUGAUCUGCCAGGACUGUAAAGUAGAUUUCCAUCCAGGAUGUUGGAAAAAGCAAAAGGGCUCAGGAGAAGGAAAAAGUGGAGACAAGGACUUUCUUGGUGACAUCUGCAUGACUCCUGAUUGUGAAGGCUCUGUAACUAAUAUCCAGAUCUAUGAUUCAGAAGGUCUUAAAACAGAGUUUGUUCAUGACAAGCCGGCCACAAAACAGGAAACCAAACCAAAACAGUCAAAGCAAAAUAAACUUAAAGCAAAUGUUGCUGGUGCUAAACAAAGGAAGAAAAAAGAUAAAGAUGACGUCAAGAUAGAGGACUUUACAACAUAUGAAUCAUCACCUUCUGACAUUGGUGAAGAAAAAGUGGUCCACAACCCCCCACCCUUACCAGGACAAAAAGAAGAGAAACAGUGCAAGGGAGACCACAACCAGCUGGAAAAGAGCGCCCUUGACUCUGCUGAUGCCAGCGUUCCAACAGGCGAUGGAGUAUUUAUCUUAAAGAAAGAGGAAGAUGAAGACCCAGUCAAGGGAGUAGGUGUUAAAGGAGUAAGCAAGGUUAAAACCAAAAAGAAAAAGCUUAAGAAUACUCAGACGCUGGAUGAAUUUCUCAAAGAUCACGGUAGACCGCAAACACUCAGACCAACUUACGGCGAAGAUUCCGAAGACCUGGGUGAAAUUCCCCAUCCUAAAAGUAAAUUUGACCUGGCUACUCCGCCACCAGGCUGGACUCAGCAGGAGAUGGAAACGCCAUUUGCUAUUCCACCUCAUUUACAAGACAGCGCAGCAGAGUUUGAGGCAAGUUACAGGAUGGAAGUAGCAUCAGACAUCGUCUCCACGCCCUUACCACCUCCUUCCUCUAUUAGUUUGGAAGCAGUCACGGAAUAUGUCAGCUCAAUGUUACAUGAGAUUUUAAGAGUCCAAGGGGGUCUGGAGCUCGCUGACCCGAACAUCAUGCAGCCUCUUAGCAUGCUGCCGGACGAUUACCAAGAUAUUAUUUCCAAAGUUGGAGGACUAAGAGCUAUCCUAGAAAACUCUGGAAAAUUUUUGUUUGACGGUAACAGGGUUAUGCUUCCUGAAGACAAGGAAUUUGAAGACUUAGUAAAAUCUCUUAAACCUGCGAGUUGCAACAAUCCGUUCUUGGACAGGACGAAUACUGGAUUAAAGACCAAUAUUAAACUGGCAAACGAUACUCGGGACGACGAUAAAUCAAAUUCCGUCGAUGAUCUUUUAACUUCGGCUGGUAAACUGCACGACGGGGGUGUAGAUUCGUCUUCCUCGUUGUCGUCAUCUCCAAUGCUUAAUCCUAAUAGGACAGAGUUUGUUUCUUCAUCACAAACAGAUUUGUUAUCAGCUAGCUCAUCGAAAACAUCUAUUGGCAGUGAUUCCACGUUAAAGUGCGAUGAUGAUGAACAAAUGAUUGAUAGAAACGACACCACUAUUGAAAAUAUUGAACAAAAUAUUUCGAACGGUAAAACUUUAGGUGAUAGCGUUUCAGAAAGUGAUCUUAGUGUCACCAAUGAAACGCAACGCGAAAACUACCAAGAUUUUGCAUGUGAUACGAAUUCUUUUAAAGUCGAGCCUUUGUCUUUAAAUGAUAAUACUGUUGCGGACUCAAGCUUCGAUGCUAGUCGAGUUAAUCCUUCUGUUGAAAAAGUUGAAAAGGAGACAUCUUCACUUGUAGCGGGCGAGGACAACAACUCUUCACAAAGUAAUAAAAAACUUAACGCCAAUGUUUCCACUACUGAACCAGCGAUAGUUAGCAAAACUAAAGCUGUGCAAACGCAGCCGAAUGUGAAAAGUAAAGGUGUAGGCACUGAUCCAAUCCCUGAACCUUUUAAAGCAGAAUAUCAAAGGGUCGCGGCGGAAAAGGACGCUUUACAGGCGAGGCUUCAGGAAAACGUCGACAGACAUAACGCCUUACACAGUAAGAACUCUGCAGAAGUGGAGAAAUAUAAGAAGAAGCUCACUGAUGCACUGCAAGAGAAAGAGAAAUACUCAAAAGAUGUUCAAGAAGUUAAGAAGGAGAAUCAGGAGGAAAUACGUAAGCUGCGACAGCAGUGCGAAGACAAAGACGAUAAGAUCAAAGGAUUGAACCAUAAACUACAACAAGACGCAGAGGAGAAAACCAACAUGAUAACCAGUGUUAAAAAAGAGCUAUCAGCUGUUAAAGGACAGUACACAUCAGAGAAGGAAUCUUGGAACAAAGAACGCUCUGAAAAAGACGAGUCAUUAAAAACUUCUAAAGCUCAACUUCUACAACAACAGGCUAGGGCUCAGGAUGCAGAGGUCAAACUGCUUGAACUUCGCCGUGACGUUGGUUUGAGGUUUCUAGAGAGAGCGUUACAAGAAUCUCAUAUAACCAUCAACAAUUUGAUACAAGCUGUUAAUGCAAGAAUUGCUGGUCCUAAAGUGGAAGAACUCGUCACCGCGUGGAAGAACUACGCUUCUGAAUGCCAUCAGAGAGUCAUACAAUGCAAGGGAACAUUUAAUGAACAAAUUGAGCUGCUGAAAAAUGGCAGGACUCUGUCAAGUUUACCUCAGCUGAACAUCCCCGGACCGCCGCCAUAUCCAGGCAUCCCAGUUCUACAGUCUUUAGUACCCGGACAACAACAAAACCAAACCCAGGUCCAGCCCCAGGGUCAGCCCCAACCGCAGCCGCAGCCGCAGCCGCAGCCCCCACUACAACCGCAACUUCAACUUCAACCUCUACGUCAACACCAACCCUCUCCGGAAAGUAACAGUUCAACACCUGAACCCCCCGUUCCAACCAGCACUGCUAUUACUAAUGCGGGGGGUCCUUUAGCUGCGGCUCCACCUCCGGCUGGUGCUGCUGCUCCAGCUGCUACAGCUGCUGCAGUUGGUGGAGAACAGCCUCUGGUUGCUGGUAACCUUGCAGCAGGUGGCGCGGUGGCUGCGGCGCCGGACAAGGCGCGACCAUCAAACAGCUUUGAGAAGAUUAUGCUGCGUCUGUCGACCAUGUAUCCAAACUUUACCAGGUUGGAAUUGACCGGGUUUAUCAAGGAGGUACGGCAUAACAAACAUGGCUCACUCACUGGAUUGUCAUUAGAGGAUAUCGUUGCUAGUGUUUCAGACCUGGUUGAACAGAAAAAGAAGGCUGGUUUGUUACGUACCACCCAUGUGCCUCCUGCCAAGCAACCGCAAGCACAGAAAACCCAACAGAUCCUGAUCUCUAGGCUAACCUCAGCAGACGCGGCCAAGAUGGCGAUCGGCUCUGGGAAGUAUGAGGAAGAUCCCUGUGUCAUCUGUCACGAAGACAUGAAUGCGUCCAUCGACAUAGUAACGUUAGAGUGUGGUCAUAGAUAUCAUUCACCGUGUAUCCGAAAAUGGUUGGUAGGGGAACAGAGCACGUGUCCAACUUGUCGGGUUCAUGCCCUUCUUCCUGAUGAAUUCCCUCGUCUUCGGUAAAACACUUCUUGGAAAUAUGGGGAAUGCGGAGCACUUAAUCAGCGCGUGGUCUUCCCGCUCGUCUCGGACAUUGGUACUUCGUGUUCACGUGUACGUCACUUGUUUGUUUAGUAGAUAUAUGGCAAUGUAUAAUGCCACUGCAUUAAAGACACAAUCUGGAACUGCGGUGGCGGAUGAAAAGUUCUCUUCAGUCUGUCUCACUUAGUCCACAAGGAGAACUACGGGAUCACAGUUUAAAGAUGAUUUUCUUGAAUGGCUUGUUAUACUUGAAUAGAAUUGACACAUUUAUUUCAUAAACAAACUUGUUUGAGUUUAACGCUGCAGCCCGACUACUUAUAUUUUUGUGAUUCCCGAAUGUUAUCCUCUUGAGGCAGAUUAAAGAAACUACAUCUGCGUUGUUAAGCUAUGUUACAGAUAAAGUGAGUUGUAAUUUGAAAGAGUUUUGAUUAAAAAUCGUCGCUACUUACACUUAUUAAGCCUUCUUUUCCGGCUUGUCAUGUAUACAGAUGUAUUCGGAUUAGUUUGCAAGACAUUGCCUUAUUCAAGGACUAUAAGUUUCUCUAUUAGAACACAAUAUUUCUAGCCCUAUUACCAAUUUAAUUUCGAGACACUGGCGUGAACAACUGUUCGUGUUUAUUAUGAAUCCGAACACUGUGUUAAUUACUUUUUUAGGGAACGUUUUUUAAUUUUGAUUGAAAACAAUAAAGUUGGAAACAGUUUGUUUGUUAA